UUCUCUCUCUUACACACACAUACACUUGCUCCUUCUCUUCUCUUCUCUUCUCUCUUUUCCUCUCUUUCUUUCACUGAAUUUGCGCUGCUUCAGAUCUCACAUUUGCAGCGUAACAAAACAAAACGCUCUUCAACAUUCUCUCACUCCACAUUCCCCUCUCUCUGAAGCUCUGGUUCCCCAACCAUGGCUGCUAACGCCCCUAUCUCCAUGAAAGAGACUUUAACGCUGGGAAGCGUUGGAGUCAAUCCACAAUUCAUUACAUUCACUCAUGUUACGAUGGAAUCGGAUAAGUAUAUAUGUGUCAGGGAAACUGCACCUCAGAACAGUGUUGUUAUCAUUGAUAUGAACAUGCCUAUGCAACCUUUGCGACGGCCUAUUACUGCUGAUUCUGCUUUGAUGAAUCCCAAUUCCAGAAUUCUUGCUCUUAAAGCUCAAGUUCCGGGGACCACUCAAGAUCACUUGCAAGUGUUUAACAUUGAAAUGAAAGCAAAGAUGAAAUCGCAUCAGAUGACUGAGCAGGUUGUCUUCUGGAAGUGGAUAACUCCAAAGAUGAUAGGAAUUGUUACUCAAACAUCAGUGUAUCAUUGGUCAAUUGAAGGUGAUAGUGAACCAGUGAAGAUGUUUGAUCGAACAGCUAAUUUGUCUAAUAACCAGAUUAUCAAUUACCGUUGUGAUCCUAGUGAAAAGUGGUUGGUUUUGAUUGGCAUUGCUCCUGGUUCACCCGAAAAACCCCAACUAGUAAAAGGAAACAUGCAGCUCUUCUCUGUGGAUCAGCGCCGCAGUCAGGCUCUUGAAGCACAUGCUGCCUCAUUUGCUACAACUCGAGUCCCUGGGAAUGACAAGGAUUCUGUUCUUAUAUGUUUUGCUUCAAAAAGUGUCAAUGCUGGACAGGUUACAUCUAAGAUGCAUGUCAUUGAACUUGGUGCACAGCCAGGAAAACCAUCAUUUACCAAGAAACAAGCAGAUUUGUUCUUUCCCCCAGACUUUGCAGAUGACUUUCCUGUGUCAAUGCAGAUUUCAAAUAAGUAUGGAUUGAUAUAUGUUAUCACAAAGCUUGGACUUUUAUUUGUCUAUGAUCUGGAGACUGCAACUGCAAUUUAUAGAAACAGGAUCAGUCCUGAUCCUAUAUUUUUGACCAGCGAAGCAUCAUCAGUAGGGGGUUUCUAUGCCAUUAAUAGACGUGGCCAGGUGUUGCUUGCUACUGUGAAUGAGGCAGCCAUUGUUCCUUUUGUUAGUGGCCAGUUGAACAAUUUGGAACUUGCUGUGAAUCUCGCUAAAAGAGGAAACCUUCCUGGUGCAGAAGAAUUGGUUAUUAAGCGGUUUCAAGAAUUAUUUGCUCAGACAAAGUAUAAGGAAGCUGCCGAGCUUGCUGCAGAAUCUCCACAGGGAAUACUUCGAACUCGUGAUACUGUUUCUAAAUUUCAGAGUGUACCUGUUCAAGCUGGACAAACACCACCAUUGCUGCAGUACUUUGGUACUCUGUUAACCAGAGGAAAACUCAAUUCUUUUGAGUCAUUGGAAUUGUCACGACUUGUGGUAAAUCAGAACAAAAAGAACCUUUUGGAAAAUUGGCUAGCAGAGGACAAGCUUGAAUGCAGUGAGGAGCUUGGUGACCUUGUGAAGACAGUGGAUAAUGAUCUUGCGUUGAAAAUAUAUAUCAAAGCUAGAGCCACUCCAAAAGUUGUUGCUGCUUUUGCGGAGAGGAGAGAAUUUGACAAGAUUCUGAUAUACUCAAAGCAGGUUGGAUACAGACCGGAUUAUAUGUUCCUUCUGCAAACAAUUUUGCGGUCAGACCCUCAGGGUGCUGUAAACUUCGCUUUGAUGAUGUCUCAAAUGGAGGGAGGUUGCCCAAUAGACUACAAUACAAUAACUGAUCUCUUUCUUCAGAGGAAUUUGAUACGGGAGGCAACUGCCUUUUUGUUGGAUGUGCUUAAGCCAAACCUACCUGAACAGGGACAUCUUCAGACAAAGGUGCUGGAAAUUAAUCUGGUGACCUUUCCAAAUGUUGCUGAUGCUAUAUUGGCCAAUGGCAUGUUUAGUCAUUACGAUCGCCCACGUGUUGGUCAACUAUGUGAAAAGGCGGGCCUUUUCAUACGGGCACUUCAGCAUUACACCGAGUUGCCAGACAUUAAACGUGUCAUUGUGAAUACACAUGCCAUUGAACCACAGGCUCUAGUUGAGUUCUUCGGAACCCUUUCUCGAGAGUGGGCACUAGAGUGUAUGAAAGAUCUUCUACUGGUCAACCUUCGUGGAAAUCUUCAAAUAAUUGUGCAGACUGCUAAGGAAUAUUCUGAGCAGUUGGGAGUUGAUGCAUGCAUCAAACUCUUUGAGCAAUUCAAGUCCUAUGAAGGACUAUACUUUUUUUUGGGUUCAUAUUUGAGCUCAAGUGAGGAUCCUGAAAUCCACUUCAAGUACAUUGAAGCAGCUGCUAAAACUGGACAACUAAAGGAGGUAGAGCGUGUGACUCGGGAAUCCAAUUUUUAUGAUGCCGAGAAGACAAAGAAUUUUCUGAUGGAGGCCAAACUUCCAGAUGCACGGCCAUUGAUCAAUGUGUGUGAUCGUUUUAAUUUUGUUCCGGAUCUCACUCACUAUCUCUAUACCAACAACAUGCUUCGCUAUAUUGAAGGAUAUGUCCAGAAGGUCAAUCCAGGAAAUGCUCAUCUAGUUGUAGGACAGUUGCUAGAUGAUGAAUGCCCUGAGGAUUUUAUCAAAGGUUUGAUACUUUCAGUUCGUUCCCUCCUUCCAGUGGAGCCUUUGGUUGAAGAAUGUGAAAAGAGGAAUCGAGUCCGCUUGCUCACUCAGUUCUUGGAGCAUCUUGUAAGUGAGGGAAGCCAGGAUGUACAUGUGCAUAAUGCCCUGGGUAAAAUCAUCAUUGACAGCAAUAACAAUCCUGAGCAUUUUCUCACAACCAAUCCAUAUUAUGAUUCUCGUGUUGUUGGCAAAUAUUGUGAGAAACGGGAUCCUACACUUGCUGUUGUUGCUUACCGAAGAGGGCAGUGUGACGAUGAGCUUGUCAAUGUUACCAAUAAAAAUUCCUUGUUCAAACUCCAAGCCAGAUAUGUCGUGGAGCGGAUGGAUGGUGACCUGUGGGAUAAGGUUCUCAAUCCUGAGAAUGAGUUUAGAAGGCUGUUGAUCGAUCAAGUGGUGUCCACUGCUUUGCCUGAAAGCCAGAGUCCUGAGCAAGUUUCAGCUGCAGUGAAAGCUUUUAUGACUGCCGAUCUUCCCCAUGAAUUGAUCGAGCUUCUUGAAAAGAUUGUGCUACAAAAUUCUGCCUUCAGCGGAAACUUUAACCUACAAAAUCUGUUGAUUCUUACUGCAAUCAAGGCAGAUCCUUCAAGAGUUAUGGAUUACAUAAAUAGGUUGGAUAACUUUGAUGGCCCUGCUGUUGGAGAGUUGGCAGUGGAGGCACAACUGUAUGAAGAAGCUUUUUCCAUUUUCAAGAAAUUUAAUUUGAAUGUUCAGGCUGUUAAUGUCCUGCUAGAUAACCUUCGUGCCAUUGAUCGAGCUGUGGAGUUUGCAUACCGAGUUGAAGAAGAUUCUGUAUGGAGCCAAGUUGCUAAGGCGCAACUUAGAGAAGGUUUAGUAAGUGAUGCAAUAGAAUCAUUCAUCCGAGCAGAAGAUGCCACUCGCUUCUUGGAGGUUAUAAAGGCUGCCGAAGAUGCAGAAGUAUACCAUGACCUGGUGAAGUACCUUUACAUGGUUAGGCAGAAGACUAAGGAGCCCAAGGUAGAUGGUGAGCUCAUUUAUGCAUAUGCUAAGAUCGAGGCACUUGGAGAAAUCGAAGAGUUUAUACUCAUGCCGAAUGUUGCUAAUUUACCCCAUGUUGGAGACCGCUUGUUUGACGAGGCUCUAUAUGAGGCUGCAAAAAUUAUAUUUGCUUUCAUUUCUAACUGGGCUAAGUUAGCAGUGACAUUAGUGAGGCUCAAACAAUUCCAAGGGGCUGUCGAUGCUGCCAGGAAAGCAAACAGUGCAAAAACAUGGAAGGAAGUUUGUUUUGCCUGUGUUGAUAAUGAAGAAUUCCGUUUAGCUCAAAUUUGUGGCCUCAAUGUCAUCAUUCAGGUCGAUGAUUUGGAAGAGGUUAGUGAGUAUUAUCAGAACAGAGGCUGCUUCAAUGAACUCAUUUCUCUGAUGGAGAGUGGGUUAGGAUUGGAGCGUGCACAUAUGGGCAUCUUUACUGAGUUGGGAGUUCUUUAUGCAAGAUAUCGUUCUGAGAAGUUAAUGGAGCACAUUAAGUUGUUCUCAACUCGCCUUAACAUUCCCAAGCUCAUUCGUGCUUGUGACGAACAGCAACAUUGGAAGGAACUUACCUAUCUAUACAUCCAGUAUGACGAAUUUGAUAAUGCUGCAACCACUGUAAUGAAUCACUCUCCAGAAGCAUGGGACCACAUGCAAUUCAAGGACAUAAUAGUGAAAGUUGCAAGUGUGGAGCUCUACUACAAGGCUGUUCACUUCUACUUGCAAGAACAUCCUGAAAUUAUAAAUGAUCUUCUUAAUGUCAUUGCUCUUCGUGUGGACCAUACCCGUGUAGUAGAUAUAAUGCGCAAGGCCGGUCACAUCCGAUUAGUUAAGCCAUACAUGGUUGCAGUUCAAAGUAACAAUGUCUCAGCUGUUAAUGAAGCUUUGAAUGAAAUUUAUGUUGAGGAGGAGGACUAUGAUAGACUUCGUGAAUCUAUUGACCUGCAUGACAACUUCGAUCAGAUUGGUCUUGCACAGAAGAUUGAAAAACAUGAGCUUCUUGAGAUGAGGCGUGUAGCUGCUUAUAUUUACAAGAAAGCAGGAAGAUGGAAGCAGUCCAUUGCUUUGUCAAAGAAAGACAAUCUUUACAAGGACUGUAUGGAAACUUGCUCUCAAUCUGGUGACCGCGAACUUUCAGAGGAUUUGCUUGUUUACUUUAUCGAGCAGGGGAAGAAAGAGUGCUUUGCAUCUUGUCUCUUUGUCUGUUAUGACGUAAUACGGCCUGAUGUUGCUCUCGAAUUAGCUUGGAUGAAUGGCAUCAUUGAUUUUGCUUUCCCAUAUCUCUUACAGUUUAUUCGAGAGUAUACCGGGAAGGUUGAUGAACUUAUCAAGGAAAGAAUUGAAGCGCAAAAUGAGGAGAAAGCCAAAGAGAAGGAAGAGAAGGAGGUCAUUGCUCAGCAGAAUAUGUAUGCCCAAUUGCUACCACUUGCAUUGCCUGCACCACCAAUGCCAGGAAUGGGCGGCGGGUAUGGUCCCCCUCCGCCACCACCUAUGGGCGGAAUAGGGAUGCCGCCAAUGCCUCCUUUUGGCAUGCCCCCAAUGGGUGGCCAUUACUGAUCUCUAGACCGAGGACAGCAGAUAAUUUUGCCAUGCAAUGAAGAUGAGUUUCAUAUUUAACGGAUUUAAUGCGGCGGAUCGAGGCGUCUGCCUUCUUAGCUCACAGACCUUUCAGUGAUUUUGCGGCGCUUUUGCAUUGAAAUUCUUUUUAGGUUCUAAUUUAAUUUCUUUUAAUCUUUAUUCCCUUUAUAGAUUGGGUAGUAUUAUCAAUCCUAUGGCAAGAGUUGGUCAAAUUGAUAUUUGGUUGCCGCAUGUAUAGGUGAUUCUUUUUCACUAUUCAUUGUUUUCUUAGUUGUGAAGUCAUGUAGGUACUCUCAUUAGGAACCCCCAAAUUUUGUUCUUUAUCUUGGUAUAUAAAACUUUCAUCCACUAUUCAAUUUAGUUUCUCUUUUGCCUUUUUCCA